AUCGCCUAAAACCGUAGCGUUGUGCAUCUCCUUACUGAUCUCUGGUAUAAGUGAGCUAAGAGCGAUGCCUUUUCGAACGUUACAAUAUAAACGCACGUUGACAUUUCAAAUCCUGGCACUUGGUCCUCUACGAGGGCAUAAAGCCACAAGUUACAAGAAGAAGAAGAAGACAUUCAAAUAGAUGUUUAAUUUAAGAGCUACAUGAUAAAAUAUUUUUCAUAAACUGUCGGUUUAAUCUUAUAAGAAAAGUGAAAUAUGAACAACGUAGAACGUGUUAAAGCUGCUCUUCAAGAGUCAUCGCUUACGGUGAAGAAAAUAACAUUGUCAUAUGUUGAACGGUUAUUACCCGAAAUACAGGGAUGUGAUACAAUCAUUCUUUUCAAACAUGCUGCUCCAGAAAAUUUAGUUUUACAAAAUGAUUCGGAGGGAUAUAACGACAGCUUUGUUCACGAAAAACUGGAUCUAACUGGCUCUCCAUUGCAAUGCUCAUUUAGCGAUGAGUGCCAAUUCAAUUCCUCUGUAAUAAUUCCAAAACGCCAAUGGAGAAAAGAAGAAGAAGAAAUUUUACCUAUAUCUAGGAUGCAGGCAUGUGUGUCAGUAAAUGAAUGCAUUGAAAAUUUGGAUAAAUGUUGGGCAAUUCCAAUUCUUUCCAUAUGUGAUGGACAAGAUAAGGAGAAAACAGUAUUAUUAGGAAUAUACAAUCAAUCAAAAUGGUUCGUUACCAUUAUAGCACGAAUUGCAGAAUUGCAAGGGCUUAAAAAAGUUAUUAAUGGCAUACCUAUACUAAUGCAGGAACAUGUUAAAUUAUCAGGUGUAUAUGAACAUCAAAUAAACGUAUCUGUUCUCAGUGUUUUUGAAUUAUUUGGAUCAAAAGCAGAAACUAUGGAUUGGAUUGAAUUUCCUAAAAGUAGUUUUGCAGGAUGCUUAUAUCUAGAAGCAAGAUCAACAAAUUUAUCAUUUUACACUUCUUCAAGAAUAUCAUCAUGCAAUUUGAUCAUGGAAAUAGCUGCAGGUACAAUAAUGAAUGACUUGUGGAAAGAAAUUAUACUACUCAGUCAAUACUUGUCAAUACUUGAUACAUAUGAACAAAAGAUAACGAAUUUGCAUCAGAAUACAGUGCCUAUAAAGUUUCCCCAAGAUUUUACUACUUCUUUUUGUAAGCCUUGUGAAGAAAUAAUGAGAAAGAUUCAUGGACUUUUAAAUGGUGAUAGCACUUUACCUGAGUGUGGUGACGAUAUUGAUAUGCCAGCCAGCUAUUCACAUUGCGCUGAAAAUGUUACAGGAAAAUAUAUUCUACAGAAAAUUUUGAUAAAUGUUUAUUUUCGAGAAAAUACAGAUUUUGUCGAUGCACUGUGGAGGAUUCUUAUUGGUUGUGCCAGAUAUGAAGAAAUAAUGGAUUCGUUUUGUAUGAUUUUUGAAAAAUUGCUAUCAGAGGGUUACGAACCCGAGUUGGAUUCAACAAACUCUACUCGAAUCGCAAGAAUCAUAUUUUCAUUGAGGCAACGAAAAUCAUUGCCACCGCUAUUGACAGGUAGUUUACCAUUAGAAUUAUUAAUUGAUGCUGGAUUUGGCAAGCUUAGUAGGGAUUACAAGUUCUUGCUCAGCAAUUUAAAUUUGCUUGAACCUUACGAGAUGUUUCAAGAAAUUGGAAACGUAUCAUCGGGUGAAUUUGUGAUUAGAACUUACAGGAAAAAGCUACUCUCCUUGGCACAAAUUCAUCUCUGUUUAGAAUUUUCUUUGUUUGCUCAAACACAUUUACAAAUGCCAACAACCAAUUUACAGCCUUUGUUGAGUAAUGCUUAUCGACAAUACUGCUGUGAAGGAUCUCCUAUGCAAUUAUUAUCAGAUGCAUCUGAAACUGCUAUACAUCAGUUAAUAGUAAACUGUCCCGACGAUGUUGCUAGACAAAUAGAGAAAAUACCACCCUCAACGUGGCGAUUGACGCUCAGUUCCGAAACUUUUAUGAAUAGGUACAGCACAGUUACGUAUUACAGUCGCAAGCCUAUUUUUCCGCCUAAUAUAUAUUGUCCAGAUAAUAUACAUGAGGAUAAAGGAGAAAUAACAUAUCAUUCGACUGUCGUAACAUGCCUCUCACAUAGAAACCCAUGAUUAGCGGUUAGAAGAAAAUAAAUUAAACAAAUAUAGAAUGGAUAUUACAAAAUUAAGAAAAUUAGUAUUAUAGUGGUGAUUAAGCAAUUAAAUAUUUAGCAGUUCAAUGUUGCAUUCGUUUUAAAAGCUGUACAUAUUCUACGAAAAUAUAUUGUUUUAACAUAGACAGUA